CAAUUUUGGGCAAAUGCUAAAGUUUUAGCAAAAGUUUUAUCUUCUGCCAAAAAUGCUAUUAAAAUUGUUGAAUCUAAAGCUACAAUAACUGCUGAUAUUUUUCUAUUUCUUGUUCAAAUAGCAACAGCUAUUAAUGUAUUUAAAAAAAAUGAUUUACCAGAACGUAUUGAAUUUCGUAAACAAUGUUCAGAAUUUGAGCAAGUUAUGGAAAAUUAUGCAAAUAUAGUUGAAUUCGAUGAUGAUAUUGAAAAUCUAAACAUCGAAGAGAUGUUAAAUUUUAAUGUAUUUUUGGAUCAAAAAAUAAAUGAAAAAACUAAUAAUUUGGAACUUGAAAAUGAUGUAUAUGAUUAUGAUAUCAAAGCAGUUAUCAAUAUAUUUAAGGAAGCAUAA